CCGAUGUCAACAACAGCAUGGAUGCAUCCGUAGCCUGAAUGAAAAAGGUACCUCAAUAAUAUAAUACAAAAUGGGCCCGAUUGUGGUACUUUUAGCACUAUGCUCUAUAAGAGGUUGUGAAGCACUUAUCGAAGGCUUAUACUGUGGUAAAGAAAAUUGUUACGACGUAUUGAAUGUCUCAAGGGAUGCAACAAAGGGCGAAAUCAGUAAGAGUUACCGACGUCUAGCCAGGCUCUACCAUCCUGACAAAUACAAGGGAAAGGAUGGAGAAAAGAAAUUCAUUUCCAUAAGCAAUGCAUAUGAAAUCCUGAAGGAAGAUGACUCCAGGCAGGAUUAUGAUUACAUGCUGGAUAAUCCAGAUGAGUUGUACAGAAAUUAUUACCGGUACUAUAGAAGGAAGGUUGUUCCAAAGGUUGACCCCAAAAUUGUUGUUGCUGUUACUAUAAGCGUCAUAUCUCUUAUUCAGUACUAUGUAUGGUGGGCACGCUACAAUGAAGCUAUCAACUCCAUUAUGAUGGUUCCUAAGUACAGAUUGAAAGCUAUGGAAAUGGCCACAUCACAAGGCCUUAUAUCCAAGCAAAAGAAGAAAGAUAAAAGGUCAAAGGAUGAAAUAAAGGAAGAAGAAAAUGAAAUUCUAAGAAAAAUUGUGGAAGAAAAUGCAGAUAUACGUGGUGUGUACUGCAAGCCUCUUAUUACAGAUGUACUGUGGAUACAGAUAUUUAUAUUUCCAUAUUAUAUAUUUAAUUACAUUGUGUGGUAUCUAAGAUGGAUCUGGAAGUUUAACAUCAAGAGGGAAGAGUAUGGUGAUGAUGAGAAGCAAUACCUUAUAAGGAAACACUUGAGGGUGUCACAAGGACAAUUUGAUGCUCUAACUGAUGAGCAGAAGCAAGUUUAUAUAGACAGAGAGGCUUGGGUAUUUCAAAAUUUUAAGGAACUUAAAGAAGAACUCAUGGAAGAAGAAAGGAAGAAAUUAGCAAAUAAUAGCAAAUAUAAAAUGUACAGAAGGUUCAUGAAAAAUAAGGGUGUCUCUAGAAUGACCUUUGAAGACUAAUGUGUAAUUGUUAUAAAUGAGGAUGUCUCAUGAACUGUUAUUAUUGGGUUAAAGCUGAAUUUGUUGGUCCAAAUAUUCAGGGACAGAUCCUAGUUUAUAUGCUAUACCCUCACACUGGAACUCAGGUGGUCUUGUAGGUCUGUAAUGCAAGUAGAAUAUCAAAGUAGUCUUGACUAUACAUUAACAGGUAUUGUGGAUUUGUUUUUACAUUUUUUACAUAUUAUACUUUACAAUUAAAUUUACUAACCCUUUGCUACUGUGCUGCAGCAACCACUUUUUUUUUAGCAUUUUCUGCUUAGAAAUAACCACACUUAGGUACUAUGCUGCUUCAAUUAGCAUGUAACAUUUACAGCACUGUAUUAACUCCCCAUGUGAAGGUUUACAAUAUAUAUUUAUAAGUACGUUUUAAAAUUGGGCUUACAUUUGAUUAUCAAUAUUAUAUUAUUGGUAUUUAUUUUAAAAAAAAAUCUUAUUUUGUUUCAAAUUGCAUCUUCUAUAUUGAAAUAUUUCAUACCAAUAAAAGAAUUAUUCAAGUGUA